AUUCCUAAAAUGGCGUCAUCCAUAAAAUCUAGUAACAGGAAGGGGAAAACAGAUGAAGUAAUACAGCAAGAAGAUAUUAUCCAAGCCGUUGUCAUUGCGGAUAGUUUCAAUAAGAGAUUUGCUCCAUUAACAGUUUGUAAGCCAAAGGUUUUGCUACCUUUGGUUAAUCGUCCUUUGUUGGACUACACGUUGGAAUUCUUGAGUAUAAAUGGUAUUCAGGAAACCUUUAUAUUUUGCUGUAGCCAUGCCCAGCAAAUCAAAGAUUAUAUUUCGAAAUCCAGUUGGUCCAAUCCAGACUCCCAUAUGUCUGUCACUACGAUCGUUUCAGAAAGUUUUCUUUCUAUGGGAGAUGUACUACGAGAACUGGAUAGCAAAGCCCUCAUAAGAUCUGAUUUUAUCUUGCUUAGUGGUGACACUGUAUCUCAGAUUCCAGUGAGGGACAUCCUGCUAAAGCACAAAAAACAGCAACAAAAAGACAAGGGUAUGGUGAUGACCUUGGUUUUCAAGAAAGCCCUGCCAAAACACAAGACUAGAUGUUUGGAAGAUGAGUGUGUAGUAGCAGUAGAACCAGAAACUGAGAGGAUACUACAUUAUCAGAAAGUUGGACAUAAAAAAAAGAUUGAAUUUCCACUGACUGUCUUUCAAGAAAAUAAUAAAGUUACAUUGAGGUAUGACCUGUUGGACACGCAUAUCAGCAUCUGUUCUCCGCAUGUUCCUCCAUUGUUUUCUGAUAACUUUGAUUAUCAGACGAGAGAUGACUUUAUCCGAGGUGUUCUCAUUAAUGAAGAAAUAAUGGGCAACACUGUAAACUUGCAUCUUAUUGAUGAUGGCUAUGCUGCCCAAGUGUCUAACCUUACUAUGUAUGAUGCCAUCAGCCAAGAUGUUAUUAAAAGGUGGAGUUAUCCAGUAGUUCCAGACUUGCUUUCUCUGCCAGGUGGACGUUACAGCUAUCUCAGGCACAACAUCUACAAACAGAAGGAUGUUGUUUUAGAAAGACAUUGUAUUCUAAAUGAAAAUGUGGUGAUUGGUCGGGGAAGUAAAGUGGGUUCCCGAUCUUCAAUUAUCAAUUCUGUGAUAGGCCAUGACUGUGAGAUAGGGAGUAAUGUGCACAUUGAUGGGUGCUACAUGUGGAACAAUGUGAAAGUAGAAGAUGGGUGUAUUUUACAGUCUUGUCUAUUAGCUAACAAUGUUGUUGUGAAAAAAGGAGUCACCAUUCAUGCUGGUUCUGUACUCUCCUACAAUGUUGUAGUUGGGCCUGAUAUUACUGUUAAGUGCUCAACUCUUUUACAAGCAGAACCUCCUUCUGUUGACAUGGAUGAAUUUGGUGAUAACGAGACCCUUGAGCCCAGUGAUUCUAUAGUUGUUGAUCCAAAUCUAGUAGGAGCUGAAGGCAAGGGUUUUUUGUUUCAUUCAUCAUGUGAGAGUGAUGAUGAGAAUGAUGAAUUCCCUAAAGAUAUCUGGGGACAAACUUGUCAAUCUGGAAGUGAGGGUGAUGAGACUAGUGUUCCAGAUUCAGUUGAAGAACUUUCUGAUGGGGAUAGCCCUCCUCCAGAUGACUUACGAUUGUUUUACAGUGAGGUUUUAGACAGUUUGCUCAGAGGAAUUGAAGAGAAAGUGAAGUGGGAAAAUCUGGUGUUAGAAGUAAAUUCUUCCAAAUAUGCUUACAAUGUGACCAUGAAGGAGGUCAACACACUGGUGAUGAAAGCCAUCUUAGAAAUACCAAAACAGGGAUCCCAGAAGCCUUUACAACCCCAGAUGUAUCUUGUUGCAUUGAAGCCUUUACUCAGUCAGUUACUUCCAUUGAUCAAAAACUACAUGAAGAGUAAAGAAUCACAGUUGGACUGCUUGUCUGCUUUAGAAGAGUUUGGAAUCGUGAAUGAAGAAUUAGGAGUGAUUAUUAUGAAAGUACUACACUUCUUGUAUGAAAAAGAUGUUUUGAGUGAGCCUGUAAUACUGGAGUGGUAUUCCAACCCCCCUGUGUUAGGAGAUGUGGAUCCUGCAGAACAGGAUCUCUUAAGAAAAAGGUAAUA